AUGGACCCUAGCAACUGCGACCUAACCGCCACAGUUCCAGAAAGAGAGGCCGCAGAAAAAGCGUACGAAAUGUUCGUGCGCUACGAACUUGCCGCCGUAAAGGCGCAACAGCUGCAAAGAGAGACAUCCAUGUUGCCGAGUGAACUGCCGCGCUCGGCCACAGAAGAGGAGAUUGUUCCGCCGGGAGCCCUGCCGGGCGCAGCAACUCAAGAUGUUGCUGCUCCGGCGGAGGCGGCCCCGACUGGUGUUGCGCCACCGGACCUGGCUACCCAAGAAGCCAGUGCGCCGCUGGUCGCCCAAACGAGCGAUCCCAGUAAAGAAGCAGCUAGUGCGCCAGUUCUCGCCGCUCAAGGACAGACUGACUGCAACCACCCCGUCCCCACACAGCCUACAACAACUUCAGAUUCACUGGAAAUACCAGAGGCCAACCUGGAGACACUUCUAUCGGCAGAAAUGGCAAUGGAAGUGCAACAGGCAUUGAGAAAACGGCCGGCCACCUCCGACUCUGACGAACAGACAGUAACAACUGUGCCUGAUAGGCGACAAACCAAGAAGAAGGCUGCAACAACAGACGCCCCCACGGCGCCCCCAGAAGCCGAUGAAGACUGUUUCACUGCACCGAACCGGCGGCAUACUGCCAAGCCCAAGAGGCUCGAACAUGUGCUUCCCCCACAUCCAACCACGUCAAAUCGUUUCGCAGUGGCAACCGAAGAGGUCAUGGAAGCAGAACCAGCCCCUCCAGUACGUAAACAGACACGCCCUCCACCGGUAGUCAUGAAGUGGGAUGACUUCAUGAACUUCCGUAACAAAAUUAAGGAAGUCAUAGAGGUCAAGUCUUUCAAGGUCACAGGGAAAGACCUUUACAAGGUGUUCCAAACACCUUAG